AUGGCUGAACAAGAAGAACAAGAAACUCCUCAGAGAUUCACCUUUGGAACUGUUGGUUUUGAUGCAAGAUUCCCUAACACAAACCAAACCAAACACUGCUUCCAAAGCUACAUUGAUUAUCAUCGUUGCAUUAAUGCUAAGGGUGAGGACUUUGUUCCUUGUAAGCAAUUCUGGCACGCUUUCCAAUCCUUGUGUCCUUCCGACUGGGUUGAGCGUUGGGAUGAGCAACGUGAUAACGGAAUCUUCCCCGUCGAUUUGUAA